AUGGCGGCACCCAAGUCGCCGAGCAACUCUAGCUCAGCCCGUUCUAACUCACGGCUGCCUACAAGUGUGCCCAGCUCGCCGCCCUCGGAACAGCAAGAUGAUCUUGAAGGUGCCGACGAGGCGCUUAUCAAGGAAGAGCAGGAGGCGCGUCUAGAAAAUGAGAGGAAUGAAGAGAAGCGACGACAGGCGAUGCUCAAGAGGAAGAAAAAGAAGAAGGCUGAGACAAAGUCUGAGCGUGAAGCCAAGGCUAGAGAACUUGACGACCUGCUCGCAAAGUCAGCUGCUUUCUCAGAUAUUCUCACCAAAAAGACUCAGGUCUUGGGUCGAGUCGGUAGCAGUCUUGAUGGCAAGACCCUGGGUGAGCAUAGCCUGGAGAUGGCGCAGCAACCCAAAUGUAUGAUUAACGGCACCAUGAGAGAUUAUCAGCUUGAGGGUCUCACAUGGAUGUACGAAAUUUGUUCUCAGGGCAUGUCUGGUAUUUUAGCUGAUGAGAUGGGUCUUGGCAAAACUGUUCAGACUAUCGCCUUGAUUGCCCUGCUUCGUGAGCAGGAGAAUUAUCUCGGCCCUCAUUUGAUCGUCGCUCCUUUGAGUACACUCUCAAACUGGGAGGACGAAUUUACUAAAUGGACGCCUUCUAUCCCUGUCAUCAUGUAUCACGGCAACAAAGAUGACCGUGAGAAGAUCUUCAGGACCAAGAUGCUGAAGCAUCUCAAGGGUGGCCGUCCUACCACGAAAUUCCCAGUGGUGUGCACAUCCUAUGAAAUGGUUCUCAGAGAUCAACACAACUUAUCCAAAAUCAACUGGGAGUUUAUCAUCAUAGAUGAAGGCCAUCGCAUGAAGAAUGCAGACGCCAAACUGUUCCAGCAGCUUCGUCAGUUCUCAUCUGCAACUCGUCUCCUCAUUACUGGAACACCUCUUCAGAACAACCUCAAAGAGCUGUGGUCACUACUGCACUUCCUGCUGCCCAACAUCUUUACAGACUGGGAAGCGUUCGAAUCUUGGUUUGAUUUCUCUGAUCUCGAAGAUGAGAAGGGCACAGAGGAGUUCAUCGCCGACCAGAAGAAGCAAGAGCUCGUAAAGAAGAUUCACCUCAUUUUGCAGCCAAUGCUUCUGAGACGUAUCAAACAGGAUGUCGCCGCCUACCUCCCUAAAAAGAGAGAAUAUGUGCUCUUCGCGCCCAUGACAAAGGAGCAAACGGAUCUUUACAACGUGCUUACCAACAAAAAGGUCGAUACCCGACAAUAUUUGGAGGACAAGGUGCAUGAAAAGAUCUAUGGCCCCAAUUCGACUGAAGCAAGCGCCAAGUCAUCUCGAUCAAGCAGCGUCGCGGCACCAAAGACUAUGACACUCCCCGUUCGUGAAUCCCCGCGUAAGAAGCAGGUUGAACCAGAGGCGCCGGCACCCAAUGCCUUUUCGGUCAUGAUGGCUAAGCGUGGCCGUGGCAGACCACGUAAAAACCCGAAGGUCGAGGAGGCACCCGUGACACCCAAGUCUGGAGGUAAACGAAAGGGUGCCACUUUAGAGCCGGAGCCCAAGAGCGCCAAGUCCACUCGUCAGUCGACACCAGUGAGCACGCGUGGACGGCCGAGAAAGACAAGAACCUAUAAAGAUGCUGGUUCAGAUGAGGAGAAGAUGUCUGAUGAUGAGUUUGAAGCAAAGUUGGCGGAUGAGAUGGUCUCUGACGAUGAGGAACUGAGUGAUCAAGUGUCGAUGACACCAGAGGAACGCAAACGGGUCGAGGCUUUUGAUCUUGCGAAAAAGCAGAUCGCUCAAAAGAAGCUCGGCAACCCCUUAGCACAGCUGCGACUUGUUUGCAACUCACCUCACAAUUUCUACAACCCUUGGAUCGCUUCCCAAGAUCUUCCCGUCGAUGACUCCAUAGUCACUGCUUCCGGUAAAAUGCUUCUUCUCGAUCGUUUGCUACCUCGGUUAUUCCAAGACGACCACAAAGUCCUCAUCUUCUCGCAGUUCACCACUCAGCUUGACAUCCUUGAAGACUAUUGCCGUGAACUCCGCGGCUGGAAGGUCUGCCGUAUCGACGGCUCUGUCGCACAGGAGAGUCGACGAACUCAAAUCGCCGAUUUCAACAGCGAUCCUGAGUACAAGAUCUUCUUGCUCUCUACCCGCGCAGGCGGUCAGGGCAUCAACCUCGCUUCGGCCGAUACGGUCAUUCUAUUUGACUCAGACUUCAACCCCCAGCAAGAUCUUCAAGCCCAAGACCGCUGCCAUCGUAUCGGCCAAACCCGCCCCGUUGUCGUAUUCCGACUUGCUACCAAGGACACAGUUGAGGAAACCCUUCUCAACUCCGCCGACGCCAAGCGCCGACUUGAGAAACUCGUCAUCAAGAAGGGCAACUUCAAGUCAAUGGGUCAAAAGAUGGACCUCUACGAAGACAUCGACCCCGAGUCGCUCCGCGCUCUGCUUCUGAAGGAUGGUCAAGUGUACAACACCUCAGGGGGCGAACAAGUCCUCAGCGACGCGGACCUCGAUGUUCUCUGCGACAGGAGUGAGGCAGCUUAUGAGAAGGCUGCGAGCGGACAGGGCGACGCUGAUGCUUUCCGCGUUGUGGAAACUGGUGCUGAUUCUAUCAAGAUGGCACGAAAGGAUUAA